CUCCCGGACUGGGGCACGAAUCCGUGUCCCCUGCUUCGGCAGGCGGACUCCCAACCACUGCGCCACCAGGGAAGCCCCUCUGUUCACUUUUAUAAUCUGAGACAGACGGUCUGGACUGACCUCUCUGUCAUGCACAGCCAUCUCUGCCAUGAACUCUGUGCCCCAUGGAUACAACACAGUCUUACCUGCAUGGGUCUGGGACCCUGUACCCAGAGCCCCUCAAGCUCCUACAGUCUUAUGUUGGCAGGUGGAGGGUGAUGGGCACAUGGGGCCCCAGGCUCAUCCUUGGGAGGGAGGGAGGGAGAACCACCUCCAGUGCUCCAGGGAGGCCCGGGGUCUAGUGAGUUUGUGGGAGUGGAGGGUGCAGGUUGAGCGGGUUCUCAUUUGGGGCUUUUCUCUGUGAAGAAGGAAGUGACUCAGGUAAAACAUGUCUGAAGAGCACGCAGAACUCUGGAGACUGCUAAGCCCCCUGUGGGCUUAUCACGGCCUUUCCUCCUGUUGCGGCCUUUCAGGCUCUGUGGGGUGAGCUCAUUUUCCAGGCUCAGAGGGGUGCACAGCUCGCUCAGGGUCACAGGCUCGGAGGCGAUGGAGCCGGAAUUGAGGCUGACCACUCAGCGUCUGGGGGAAGAUGAAGGGUCAGGCAGUGGGUGUGGGUGGAGAGGGACUGAGUGUGGCCCAGACUGAUGGAGACGCUGCUUUGGGUGGGGGGAGUGCAGGGCCCCUGGUUGGGGUCUGCAAUCAUUGCGGGGGGACGCAAAGGGGCCCAAGAGGCUGGGGUGUAGAGGGUGGAAGGGUGAGCAUGGAGCUGGCGCCGCCGAGCAUCAGGGGGCCCCGGGGGGAGGCUGGGGUGGUAGCCUGAAAAGGCUGGUCCUCCGCAGAUACUUGAACCGGACGGAGUGAGAAGUGGCUCCACCUCUGCCUCGAGGGCCUCCAGCGGGGUCCCCGGGGAGUGACGCCCAGCUUGGGUCCCUGUAGGGACGCCGGGGCUCUCUGGGGCCGGGCGGGAUGGCGCUGGCAUGGGCGCCCGCGAGUCUCGUGGGAUGGUCGGGCCGACCUUCCAUCCCCGUCGGUUUCUCGGGGCUCAGACCAGCGCGUCGCCCCCCAACCCUUCCAGGCGCAGAGCGAUGCUGGGCCCGCCCGUGCCAAUCAUAUCACUUCAUUCGGGUCGCUUUGGGCCGUUGCAUUUGUCCACCUGCCGGUCUCUCGGAGCGCAGAAGUCCAAGAUGGGCAAAGACUGGAUGCAACUUAGAGCGCCCCGGGGUCCUUCGAGCCGGGCGGACAGGGCGGGACUAAGACCAGGCUGGGCGGGCCGGAGGGGCGGGGCUCCGGCUCCCGACCUGGGCACUGUCCGCGGUGCUGAGCGCCCGCUGGGGCGCGCGGGCCGUGCGCCAUGGGGAACCGCAGCGCCGCGGACGCGGACGGGCUGCUGGCUGGGCGCGGGCCCGGCACGGGCGGCGGCGCGGGGGGCCCCGGGGCGGCGGCGGCGCUGGCGGGGGGCGUGCUGCUCAUCGGCGCGGUGCUCGCAGGGAACUCGCUCGUGUGCGUGAGCGUGGCGGCCGAGCGCGCCCUGCAGACGCCCACCAACUACUUCAUCUUGAGCCUGGCGGCCGCCGACCUCCUGCUCGCCCUGCUCGUGCUGCCUCUCUUCGUCUACUCCGAGGUCCAGGGCGGCGUGUGGCUGCUGAGCCCUGGCCUCUGCGACGCGCUCAUGGCCAUGGACGUCAUGCUGUGCACGGCCUCCAUCUUCAAUUUGUGCGCCAUCAGCGUGGACAGGUUCGUGGCGGUGGCCGUGCCGCUGCACUACAACCGCCAGAGCCGCGGUGGCCGGCAGCUGCUGCUCAUCGGCGCCACGUGGCUGCUGUCGGCAGCGGUGGCGGCACCCGUGUUGUGCGGCCUCAACGACGCGCGCAGCCGCGAUCCCUCCGUGUGCCGCCUGGAGGACCGCGACUACGUGGUCUACUCGUCCGUGUGCUCCUUCUUCCUGCCCUGCCCGCUCAUGCUGCUGCUCUACUGGGCCACGUUCCGGGGCCUUCGGCGCUGGGAGGCAGCCCGCCGCGCCAAGUUGCACGGCCGUGCGCCCCGCCGCCCCAGCGGCCCCGGCCCGCCGCCCCCCGACGGCAUCCCAGCCCCCGAUGUCGCCGUGCCCCCGGAUGCCAUCCCGGCCCCAGACUGCAUCCCGCCCCCCGACGCCAUCCCGGGCCCCGACGCAACCCCGCCCCCCGACGCCAUCCCGGGCCCCGAUGCAACCCCGCCCCCCGACGCCACCCCAGCCUCGGAUGCCGUCUUGCCCUCGGACGCCAUGCCGGCCGAACCCCCGCUGCGGGCCCGCAGGAGGAGACGCGCCAAGAUCUCGGGCCGGGAGCGCAAAGCUAUGAGAGUCCUGCCUGUGGUGGUCGGGGCCUUUCUGCUGUGCUGGACGCCCUUCUUUGUCGUGCACAUCUCCCGGGCGCUGUGUCCCACGUGCGCCGUGCCCCCGCGGCUGGUGAGCGCGGUCACCUGGCUGGGCUACGUCAACAGCGCCCUCAACCCCGUCAUCUACACCGUCUUCAACGCCGAGUUCCGGACCGUCUUCCGCAAGGCUCUGCGCCUCUGCUACUGAGCAGACCGCUGGCACCGCAGCCCCUCUUCAGCACCCCGCCUCGCCUGGGGGUUUGUAGGAGUUAUUAAACAGAUCCCCAACA